GCAGCGAUAAGACAACAAGAGAGCAAGACUUCAUCACAGAACAUCACAGAUCCCUCCGGCGCUGUAAAUCACUCCAUCCCAUUGUGAACACACUGGUGACAGAGAGGACGACCUGUUGAAGAUUUCAAAACAAAACCGUUUUUGACAUGCACUUUGAUAAAUCGCCAAAAGAGAAGCCGUGUUGCACUCUGCCCACAGUGAAGAAACUCUUGGAGCAGAAGAGAAGGCGUGAUACGUCGUCUGUGCUACCCUGCUGCUCUACGGCCAGCGCAAGUCCUGCUCCUCCAGCUGCUGUUACACAGUUGUCAUCAGCAGAACCAUUUACCUGUACAGGUGCAUCAAGCAGCUACUCAGACAUGGCAGUGAGCUAUGAGCAGUGGACCUCAGCACCAGAGUCUACACUCAGUUAUUACCCCAGCCAUCCAGGACCCAGCUACGCUGCAGCCUACAGCCUCCCAAUGACUACUGAAUACGCCACACAUCAGCAGCUCUCGGGAUUUAUAGAAACAAUGCCUCAGACAUAUGAGUGCCCGAUGACAGUCGCAGAUCCCAGCAUGGCCACGUCUUGGUCACUUGUGGGUCCCAGUCACACCGCACAGCUGAGUUUUGGUUCGACCAUGGACGCCACCAAGCUGGAAGAGGCCCGGAUGCUGCUCAACGGGAUGGACUACAGCAGAGCUACAGGGCAGGAUGAAGACGGAGACACCAUCCUGCACAUCUACACUGCCAAGGGGCUCAGGGAGUGUGCCUUUGCUGCUGCAGAGAGGCUGAGGGAUGUAGGCAGGCUUGAUGCCAAAGAACACAAGGGAAAGACUGCUUUGCUGGUGGCGGUGACAGCCAACCAGCCGGAGAUUGUGGAAGAUCUGCUGUCAUUUGGAACGGACAUCAAUGCAUGUGAUGUUAAAGGACAAACUGCCCUUCAUCUGGCUGCCCACUAUGGUUUACCUGGCGUUCUGCAGGCAAUUCUGUGUAGCAGGCCGGCUGUCAACCUGGAGGCUCGCAAUUUUGAGGGUAUGACUCCUCUGCACUGCGCAGCCAUUUCUCACAGUGACACCAUGAAGGCGUUGUCGAGCAGCGGGCUGGCAGAUGUUGGUCUUCAGACCCUGGCUGCGGAGAAGCUCUCCUGUGUGCAGAUGCUUCUCAGAGCAGGGGCGUCCCUAUUCAGCCAGGAAAUCAAAAGUAACAAGACUGUGCUGCAUUUGGCUGUAAAGGAGGGGAACAUCCAUCUGGUUACUUAUCUGCUGAGGAUUUCCCUGCCGAACAUGAAAGACUUUGUCAACUUGAAAGCGCAUGGCCACACAGCACUACACAUGGCAGCUGGUCUCCAUGGUAACCCCCACCAGGAGGAGAUCCUGCAGCUGCUCCUGCGCAGAGGAUCUGAUCCCAGCAUCCGCAACCUGGAGAACGACCAGCCAGCUCACCUGCUGCAGAGCGGCCCCAAGGGAGAGCAGCUCAAGCUCAUGCUGAAGAAAAGAAGUGCUUCAUCUCGUCGACGUAUCGUGUCCUUGCAGGACCAGGAAUAAUUUGAAAAUCCCCAUUUGUAAUCUCCAUUUGGAGGGAAUGAGUCUUUAAGAUGUUGCCUCUGUUAAGAAGAGGAUUUACAGUUUAUUGGUAUGUUGCUUUGGGAGUCUCUGGCCUAUAUAUUGAUAACAAACUAGUUUUGGAUAUACAUCUCCAGGUAUAAUUCACAUUGGAUUAGACAAAUGAUGCUUUAAUGCAUAAAGCUUAAAUGAUCUGCGAUUUAGCAUCUGUAAAAAAAUGCGUUAUUUAUUUUUUACGCACAGGGCAAAGUAUUCAUGUGCAGGCGAAGGAUUUCAUUCCAAAAUGUGAUAUUCUACAUCAAGCCUUUUCACAAAAUGUGUCAGUUUAAAAAUCUGACUAUUGGAGAUUUUAAUGUAUGUAUUUAUUUUUGUCAAAAUGGAUAUUCAACAUUUUGAAAUGAAAGCCUUUGAAUGAACAGAAAUGAAGAGCUGUCUUCACACAGCAGGAUGUAUUGACGUUUCUGAGGAAGGUGGAUUAGUGUUAAUUUCCCUCACAGGCUACAAUCCCAAGUUUAAUGUUGAUUUCUAUGAAAUCGUUUGUAUAACCUCCAGGACAAUGUCCCUGAAACCCCUCCGACUCUCUUACCAAAACCCCCCAUCAUGAUAAGUUUUCAUAUUGAUACACUGAGUGAUGGUUUUCAUUUCAGUCAUCACGCAUGUUUAUGUUAAGAAUGCGUAUGUUCAAAAAAUAAGAAGCUAUCACAUAACUUAACUUUCUGUAUGCAUCAUACUUACGUGUGUAACAUCAAGUACAAUUUUUUUUCUUUGUGGGAAAAAGAAACUUGACUGUGUGUAAAAUUAUUAUGUAUUUGAAACUGAUUGUGACAAAGAAUAUUCCUAUCACAGAGACAUCACAUGAGUAAGUGCGGUGACAAACUGUCUGACUAACUGUACAUUUUAGCCAUGAGUCAUGAAUAAAAGUACAAUAACACUUAUUUAAAGUUCCAUCUAAAUGUUUUGAUCCUUUGAACAGUUUCAUUUACAUUUAGCUACAAAACCUACCAAUUUCACAUUCACAUUCACAUGUCCCAGGUGAGAUGAGGUUUGUUUUUGAUUGUAAUUUGAGUGAUGAAUAAGGUUUGAACUGUCCUUCACUUAUUUGUCAUCUAUGCUAGAUAUUGUAAAUCCCUGUAAAACCCAAAGGAAAGAUAAAUCUCAUGAGUAAAUAACAUAACAAUGA